GACGGAGGUGGCAAAAAUAAGGAAGACGAGGAACCGACCGAAUCAAUGAGGCGGGGGGUGGGAUCAGUUCCAGGAGCUAAAUUUAGACACAGCGGGGCGCGUUUUAAGUUACCGCAUUAACCGGCGUUGCGUUUCUUGGGUCGGGAGACGGUCAUAACGAACGCUUACCCCCCAAAAAAAUUAGUACUUCCCAACGGCCAACCGCCGCCGCCCGCGGCCGCCACCUCACACGCCUGUUGACCAGGCAUCGCCGAACGCCACCGCAUUGUCCCUUCCAGCAACUCCGGCGUCCACCUAAUAAACAACCUUUUUCCCGCAACAGAAGCAUUAAAAAAAGAAAGACCGAAUAAAAAAAAGGGGGAAAUUAUUCGCUUCUGGUUUUGUUCUGCGUCGAAGUGAUUGCCGGACUUGGUCUCGCCGUCGCACCGUGUGUUCCGGUUCUGAUUGGCGUUUCGGGAGAAGGGUUCGUCGUCUAGCUGCUCGGAACGUUCCGGUUUUUAUUUCGCUUGAUCGCGUCUCUGCAUUGUGAAAAGACUGCAUGGAGUUUCGUGUUCCGGCGAUCUGGAGAGAUCCUGGAGCUCCGGCCGAUUCUUUCUACGAGGUCCGGCCGGAAUGCACCGACGUUCCCAAGACGCGCUUCAGGAUCAAGGCUGGGAAAACUUUAAGUGCAAGAAAAUGGCACGCUGCGUUUUCUCCAGAAGGGCAUCUGGAUAUAGGCAAGACGUUAAGCCGAAUUCAACAUGGGGGUAUUCAUCCAUCAAUUAGAGGAGAAGUAUGGGAAUUUCUACUUGGGUGUUAUGAUCCAAAGAGCACGUUUGACGAACGUGAACAGAUACGGCAACGUCGAAGGGUUCAAUAUGCAAGGUGGAAGGAAGAGUGCCACAAUAUGUUCCCUCUUAUUGGAAGUGGUAGGUUUGUAACUGCGCCUAUAAUUACUGAGGAUGGUAAGGCAGUCCAAGAUCCUAUAGUACUCCUCCAAACAAAUCCACAUGGAGCAGUUUUGACUCCUCAAAAUACUUCUCAAGCCACAACUGGCAUAGCAACAAAUGGUACUGCGUCUGCUUCCAUGGAGCCAGAAUUUUCCUUUGUGGAAACAUUACAACCCUCAAGCCAUGUUAUUUUGGACAAAAAAGAAAUCCAAUGGAAGCUCACAUUACAUCAGAUAGGUCUCGAUGUUGUUCGCACAGACAGGCCAUUGGUGUUCUAUGAAAAGCAAGAAAACUUGUCAAAGCUUUGGGAUAUUCUAGCAAUUUAUGCCUGGAUAGACAAAGAUGUUGGCUACUGUCAAGGAAUGAGCGAUCUCUGCUCCCCAAUGAUAAUGCUUCUCAACGAUGAAGCUGAUGCAUUUUGGUGCUUCGAACGGUUAAUGCGCAGAUUGCGAGGAAAUUUCAGAUGCACUGAGAGCUCUGUUGGGGUGGAGGCACAACUUGGUAACUUGGCUGCUAUUACUCAAGUUAUUGAUCCGAAACUUCAUCAGCAUAUAGAAACACUGGGUGGAGGAGACUAUCUUUUUGCUUUCCGAAUGAUUAUGGUUUUGUUCCGUCGAGAAUUUUCAUUUGGUGACUCUUUGUAUCUUUGGGAGAUGAUGUGGGCCUUGGAAUAUGACCCAGACUUAUUCUCUAUGUAUGAAGAGCCUGAUUUAGCUGGUGAAAAAGCUGAUGGGCCUAAAGGAAAAGCCAAGUCAAUACGACAGUGUGGGAAGUUUGAGAGAGAAAAUAUGAGAAACGGAGCAAAGAACUCUGAUGCCCCUCUGCCCAUCUCUAUUUUCCUUGUUGCCAGUGUCUUGAAAGAUAAGAGCUCAAAGCUCUUGCAAGAAGCUCGGGGCCUGGAUGAUGUCGUUAAGAUUCUAAAUGACAUGACUGGAAAUCUGGAUGCAAAAAAGGCCUGCAGUGGGGCUAUGAAACUUCACAAGAAGUAUUUAAAAAAGGCUAAGAAGCCAUAGCAAAAACUGAAGCAUCCCCGAGAUUCGAUGGGAAAAAGAAAAAAGAGGAACUGUUCAUGCUGUGCAUUGAUUUUGGUGGAGGAGUUAUAUGUCGAUAAUUCGGACAUGCUAUAUCUGUAGACUCAAGUGUCGCAGUCGGCUUAUGAUUCCGGAGGAGUUGUACAAAUAUCUGAGUGUAUCUCUCUGUAUUCGUAAAGAAAGACUAACAAAAGACAACUGCCUACUUGAACUGAUAACUAUCUUGUAUAUCAGUUCCUCAUAUAUUCCAUGUCUCCAUUGGAGCAAUCUCUAAUAAAAACAGUCUCCCAAUAUGUUUUUUCUUCUAA